AGCGCGCGGUGAUGUCAGUGGCGGCCCAGCUGGCAGCGGCCGGCACUUCCUGUAUAAAGGCGGGCGGGCCGGGCUGCGACUCCCGCGAGCCGGGGUUGGGCUCUGGGCGGCUGGCGGCGGCGGCGGAGCCGUGGGAGGGCUGUCACCUUGGGGAGCCGGGCUCCUGGCGGCUUCCCCCGGGCCGUGCCUUCCGUUCCCCGUCCCCGGCUCCCGGCGUGACAUCGGCGGAGCGGAGAGCUGGAUGUGCGCGCGCGCGCGCGUGCGGGAGCGGAAGAAUGGCAGUGCUCAAACUCUGCGACCAGCCACCACUGGUCCAGGCCAUCUUCAGUGGUGAUCCAGAAGAGAUUCGCAUGCUCAUCCACAAGACCGAAGAUGUGAACGCACUGGAUUCUGAGAAACGAACCCCGCUCCAUGUGGCUGCAUUCCUGGGAGAUGCAGAGAUCAUCGAACUCCUGAUUUUGUCAGGAGCCCGAGUCAAUGCCAAGGACAACAUGUGGCUGACCCCGCUGCACCGCGCGGUGGCUUCCAGAAGUGAAGAGGCAGUGCAAGUAUUGAUUAAACACUCGGCCGAUGUCAAUGCGCGAGACAAGAAUUGGCAGACCCCCCUCCACGUGGCGGCAGCCAAUAAGGCUGUCAAGUGUGCAGAAGUGAUCAUCCCGCUCCUGAGCAGUGUCAAUGUCUCCGACCGAGGAGGGCGCACAGCCUUGCACCAUGCAGCUCUGAAUGGACACAUGGAGAUGGUCAAUCUACUCUUGGCCAAAGGGGCAAACAUCAAUGCAUUUGACAAGAAGGACCGGCGUGCUUUGCACUGGGCAGCGUACAUGGGUCACCUGGAUGUUGUGGCCCUGCUUAUUAACCACGGCGCUGAAGUUACCUGUAAGGAUAAGAAGGGUUAUACCCCGCUGCAUGCUGCAGCCUCCAAUGGGCAGAUCAACGUUGUCAAGCAUCUCCUGAACCUGGGGGUGGAGAUUGAUGAAAUCAAUGUCUACGGAAACACAGCGCUGCACAUUGCCUGCUACAACGGCCAGGACGCUGUCGUGAACGAGCUCAUCGACUACGGUGCUAACGUGAACCAGCCCAACAACAGUGGCUUCACCCCGCUGCACUUUGCAGCGGCGUCCACUCAUGGUGCUCUGUGUCUGGAACUGUUAGUAAACAACGGGGCCGACGUGAACAUUCAGAGUAAGGACGGCAAAAGUCCCCUGCACAUGACGGCUGUCCAUGGAAGGUUCACACGGUCACAGACCCUCAUCCAGAAUGGAGGCGAAAUCGACUGUGUGGAUAAGGACGGCAACACUCCCCUCCACGUGGCCGCAAGAUACGGUCACGAGCUUCUGAUUAACACCUUAAUAACCAGCGGAGCCGACGCAGCCAAGUGUGGAAUCCAUAGCAUGUUCCCCUUACAUUUAGCCGCCCUAAAUGCUCACUCCGACUGCUGCAGGAAGUUAUUAUCAUCUGGACAAAAGUAUAGCAUAGUAUCCUUGUUUAGUAAUGAGCGCGUGCUGUCUGCAGGCUUUGAAAUAGACACCCCAGAUACGUUUGGAAGAACGUGCCUUCACGCCGCUGCCGCAGGAGGCAAUGUAGAAUGUAUAAAACUCUUGCAGAGCAGUGGAGCAGAUUUUCACAAAAAGGACAAAUGUGGGAGGACCCCUUUGCACUACGCAGCUGCAAACUGUCAUUUCCACUGUGUUAAAGCGUUAGUGACCACGGGAGCCAAUGUUAACGAAGCAGACGACUGGGGCCGGACCGCGCUGCACUACGCUGCUGCGUCGGACAUGGACAGAAAUAAGAUGAUCUUAGGAAACGCACAUGACAAUUCUGAAGAACUGGACAGAACCAGGGAAAUGAAGGAAAAAGAUGCCGCAGUCUGCCUCGAGUUUCUGCUUCAAAACGAUGCAAACCCAUCCAUCCGGGACAAGGAAGGCUACAAUAGCGUCCAUUAUGCUGCCGCCUACGGCCAUAGACAAUGUCUGGAACUGCUUUUGGAAAGAACCAACACUGGUUUUGAAGAAUCAGAUUGCGUCGCUCCCAAGAGUCCACUCCACUUAGCGGCUUACAAUGGGCACCACCAAGCCUUGGAGGUCCUUCUCCAGUCACUAGUGGACCUGGACAUGAGGGACGAGAAAGGCCGGACAGCGCUGUACCUAGCGGCUUUCAAGGGCCACACGGAAUGUGUGGAAGCUCUCGUUAACCAGGGCGCGUCCAUCUUUGUGAAAGACAAUGUCACCAAAAGAACUCCACUUCAUGCCUCAGUUGUUAACGGCCACACGCUGUGUUUGCGACUACUACUCGAAAUAGCGGACAACCCGGAAGUGGUGGACAUGAAAGAUGGCAAGGGACAAACCCCACUGAUGCUUGCGGUAGCGUACGGACACAUCGAUGCUGUCUCGCUGUUACUAGAGAAGGAUGCAAAUGUGGACGCCGUUGACAUCGUGGGGUGCACAGCCUUACAUAGAGGGAUCAUGACGGGACAUGAGGAGUGUGUGCAAAUGCUGCUGGAACAAGAAGCGUCGAUCCUCUGUAGAGACUCCAGAGGGAGAACGCCCCUGCACUAUGCGGCUGCUCGGGGCCACGCCACGUGGCUGAGCGAGCUGCUCCAGAUCGCCCUUUCUGAAGAAGAGUGCUGUUUCAAGGACAACCAGGGCUACACGCCGCUGCACUGGGCUUGUUACAAUGGCAAUGAAAACUGCAUAGAGGUACUUCUGGAGCAAAAAUGUUUCCGGAAAUUUAUCGGCAAUCCCUUCACGCCACUGCACUGUGCGAUAAUAAAUGGUCAUGAGAACUGUGCAUCAUUGCUGCUGGGGGCCAUAGAUUCCAGCAUCGUCAGUUGUAGGGAUGACAAAGGCCGGACGACGCUCCACGCAGCAGCCUUCGGUGACCACGCGGAGUGCUUGCAGCUGCUUCUGAGACACGAUGCCCAAGUGAACGCCGCGGACAAUUCAGGGAAGACAGCACUGAUGAUGGCUGCCGAAAACGGGCAGGCAGGCGCGGUGGAUAUUUUGGUGAACAGUGCCCAGGCUGACCUGACUGUGAAGGAUAAGGACUUGAAUACUCCCUUGCAUCUGGCUAUCAGUAAAGGCCAUGAGAAAUGUGCCUUGUUAAUACUUGACAAGAUACAAGACGAGAGCCUCAUUAACGCGAAAAACAGCGCACUGCAGACGCCCCUCCAUAUCGCUGCCCGGAAUGGCCUAAAGGUGGUAGUUGAGGAGUUGCUGGCCAAAGGAGCCUCUGUACUUGCUGUCGAUGAGAAUGGUCAUACCCCGGCCCUGGCUUGCGCUCCUAACAAAGACGUGGCUGACUGCCUGGCCCUCAUUCUGGCUACCAUGAUGCCUUUUUCUCCUCCCAGCACAAUGACGGCUGUCAACCUGGUUUGUUUUAGAAAAGACAAUUUGAGCAGGACGACCCUCCCCUCCAGUCUGGGUCGCAGAGUCAGUCUGUGCAGUAACAACUUGGGCUCUGAGGACGGGUACAACGAAAACGAUUCUGAUUCGGAAACGUUCUGACUUGGGACUGUAAAAGGCAUUUCCUCCAUGACCUGUGUUGCAGAAAGGGGCGGAAGCUUGAAUUCCAGAGUUAUGCUGUAUUCGAGUACUUGAGGCCAAGCUUCCAGAAACCUGUAGAGAGGGAAUCGUCUAACCAAAAGAGGGCAGCUAGGCUGGAGGCUGGAGCACUCGCAGAGAGGCCUGCCUGGGUUGGGUCUUGUUCCCUAUUUUCUUUAGGUGUAAGGUACUUCUGUGAAAGCCUACCUCUGAUUUUAAGUAAGGAAAAUUUCUAAGUGUUUAAUUCUUUGUCUUCGGGGAUAAUGCAACAGAGAGACAAAUGUUCAGUCUAAAGAUUUCCUUUUUCACGUACUCACCAGUGAGUUCUGUGAGGUCUAUCAAGAGCGGAUAGGAAAUGCCUGCACCCUCUUCUCACCCUGGUGUUUACUUCCUCACUAGAAGCCAAAGGUCAAAGUUCACCUUCAGCUGUAAUGCCUAUAAUCACCCUCUUAAGGGAGUCCACCUGACCCCGCCGCCGCCUCAUAGGAAGCAUGUAACUGCCCACAACUUCCUCCCAAGAUCUUGGCUAAAGUUGCCAGAUGAAUGUGAACCUUGACCAUGCUUUCUCGUUAAACACAAAGUAGCACCCAGGACUCUCCUUAAGAAAUCGGUGAGUGAUUUUUCAAUGGAGUAAUGGAUCCCAAAUUUAUGCAAUAGCAUUUCAGGUGAAAUUAAAUUGUGCCAAAACUUGAAACAAUAUGCAAGUCAAGUAGGAAACUGCCGUUUAGUGGGUUUGCCCUUCAAUGAAAACACUGACUUCUGUAAGGGUGUCAGGGCUGGCACUGCCCUUCAGUGGUAGAUUAGGAAAAUAACUGCUCGGUCAAGGUCCUGGCAGAGGAGGGACAGUACUCCUGUAGAAGGGAACGGAGGAAGGGAACGCAGAAACGGUUGAUGUGGAAGCGCAAGCCAAUUGCCCGUUGUGGGUCAUGAAAUCAGCGUGGUGAAUACUGUGUCUGUUCCCUCUGCCAAAGCCUCUAGGUCAAACGGACCCCGCGCUUCACCUGGAACAGCUGUACAAAAGGAAGAAUGAGACUUUAAGAAACACGCAUAUAUACACGCACACGUGUGUAUAUUUAUGUAUGCACUCCAUCCACCAGCUACCCAUGAGGACCAAAACGCUUCUGCCUAAAAUGGGAGAUUUUGAACUUUUUUCUUUCUAAAUGCAAGUGAGGACCGCAGUAGCUUUUCUAUGGGGUUAAAAAUGUAACUUUUUUUUUUUUUUUUUUUGCAUACCAGUCUUUAUUGUAGUUUAUAUUUCUAACGGCACAGAUUUCUAGUUGCUGGCUUGACAUUUGUAACUGAUGAUGAUGUGUUGACCACAGGUUUUGGUUUUUAUGUUGUUUUCAAACUAGAGAAGAUGUCUGUAUACUUUGAUGUAAAUGUGUUUAUAUUUAUUUGAAAUGAAACAAAUGCUGAGGAAAUAUCCACUGUUUAGGCGCUCUCUCUCUCUCUCUCUCUCUCUCUCUCUCUCUCUCUCUCUCUCUCUCUCUCAUUGCUAUGUACCUUACUUAGAAUAAUAAACUAAGUGGGAAAUACCCUCGACCGACUCCAGGCUGGCCAGUAGCUCUGGGGUAAGCCCAGCGUUUCCCACUGACCACCACCAGCUCACCACCAGCUCACCACCAGCUCCCCCUCAGGUUUGCUCCCUGCUUGCCCCAUGCCGUAGCCACGGAGAACCCUCCUGUGAGAUGAAAACUGAUGUCGCAGGUCAUAUACACAAAGGUAGCCCAAAGAAAGACCCAGAGGCUACAGAAACAACACCAAAAAUGUCACAUGGUCCUGGCACUUCAUGGGAACUCUGCCAAGUGUGGACACCGUGCCAAGACAGGGAACCGAAACCAGACACACAGGCAGAGGCCCACGUGCUGUGCUCCACGUGCAGAGGAGUCAGAAAAGCAAUCUGGAGCACUAGGGCCCAGCUUUCCAGUGCUUUCCAGUAGGUUCUGUCUUCUCCCUCGAUUUUUCUGUUUUAUAGUAUUUUGAGAGUUUUAAAAACAGUGCUGCAGCACAUCUGGACAGUGUAUGCUAUUGUUUUUUGUCAAGCUUGGAGACUUUACCCUUACUCAUUUACUAUCCUGGAUUCAGUUAAAAGUCACGUUGUUUCUUCACAUAUGACAACUUGUUUGGAGGUUUUUAUAGAACUGGUAUUGAUUUUAUCAAACAAAUCUUACACCAGCAACAUUUUUUUUUUUUUUUACGUUCUUGGAGUGAAGGUGUGAUGUAUCCCUCCAUCUGUUCCUUUUGUUUAGAGCCGGUGUGAUUUUAACAAGUAGACAGACUGCUAAUGAGCAGCAGUGACCUUAUCUUUAGGGAACCCUGCAGAUUAAGGGAGCUCUCAUGUUGAAGAAGUGUGAUGUACUGUGCUGUCCUGUUCUAGAAGUGAGUGGAAGUCUUGCUGUUGGCGUUUAAAGCAGGAAACGAAAUGCCUGCUCUGGUAGUGUCACAACCGAGAGCAAGGGGAUCACUUCAGCAAAGCACUGUCCUAGCCGGAGCCAUGGAGCUGUGUUGGCCUUCCCUGGCUCUUUCUGAGAGAGGGACGACAGAGGAACACAAUGAAAUCAAGCUUACAAAGAGCCAUUCUUCUGAGUUGGUUGGUCUGUCUGUCUUUCUCUCCUCCUCUGGCUCUGUUCCCAGCCCCCCACAACCCAGUAAGACCAAUCUUUUUUAAAGAAAUAACUUUUAAAAACUAUAACUUCUAUGUUUUUCAGUUGUCUCAUAAAUGUUUGCAACAUUGCUUCCUGAGAAAAAUGUUUUGUUUUUUUUUAAUAGAGUCUGAGUUGCUCAAUGCUUUUACCUAAGUGCAUGGUUUUUAGAGUGUAUGUUAACCACAGCCACAAGGACCAUGUUUGAUUGCACUUACCUAUUCACUGGUGUCUGCUCAACUCUGGUAAAUUCAUUACUAUCUCCAAAUUGCCUAAAGUCCUAGUAAAUAAUAGCUCAGGGGAUUUCUAUUCAUCACUACUAAAAGGGCACCAGAGUAUGUUUUGGUACUUUGGGCAGUCAGCGGCCGCGUGACUGUACGUCUCUCUAGAACAAGCACACCGAUAGAUUUGCCGCACUAGUUACGCUCAUGUGUGCGUGCGUGCGAGCGAGCGCCUUGGUUGGCGCAUCCAUAGCGCUGGUUGAGGAACUCAUCCCUUUGUGGUCUUGUGACAUGACGUUAGAGUGCCUUUCAUAUUUGUAUAUCCUGGAAAUGGUCCGUGAAACGUUUUGUAUUUUUUCAUUUGAGUGUUAUUGGAGCAAUACAAUCCUAGUGAGUUUUCCUUUCUUUGAAUGUACCAAGUGUCUCCUUUCCGGUUUCCCCCCUUCUCUGCUUUGAAAUGAAAAUGCUUAAGUUUUCUAUAGGAAUUAUGUUUGGCUUUGCAGUGCUAAAAAUGCUUUCUUCUUACAGAACUGUAAACCAUAGGUCAGUAUUAUAGAGGAACAGCGUUUUAAGAUAGUGACAAUCUGAGCGUGUGUGUAAAAUGUAAUUUUGUGUGUUUCCUAUGCAGUGAUCUGGGGAUUCAAUGCAAGUAUCCCUUGUUUGGUAGUUUUGUCUACAGACUACGCUUUAGCAUGUGCAAUAUAUCCUUGCAAAGCACGAUGAUACACAUCUUGUGCCAGUGUUAUAUUUUGUAUGACAUAUUUGUAACAACAUAAACUAUUAUGUGAUGAUUUUAGUGGGAUUUUUGUCUGUAUGUUUAAAAUGUAAAUUGGAGUUGAAUGACUUUGGUAAAUGUCAUGAGUGUAAAAAUGAGGAAAAUGGCUUUCAGUUCAGUGAAGGACUUUGAACCAGUCUGACUCUCUCCAAGCACAGUUUAGUACUUUGCAACUACUGAAUGCUUUAAUAAUGGAAUGAAGUACUUACCUGUAAUAUACUAUGGACAUGCAUUCAGAUGGUUAUUUUUACAAAUAAAAACGGUACAAAUAUUGUUGCAA